UCGCAAAAUCACAUUCUUUCUGAAUCCCAUUUCAUUCCAAUUAAAACUUCUCUCUACUCCACAGCAAAUUCUCUUUCUCUUUACGAUAUCUUUGAAAUCUGACUAUGGAUCUUGGGUGCUUGGACUUCGGUUGCAUCUCAGUCUCAGACAAGUUAAGCAAUGACACAGCUGUUGAUUCUACAAACAAAGAAAGCGUUUCAAAUGAGCCCAUAUCAGCCAAUUCUAAAUCUGGAAAGAGUAGAUCCCCAAAAGGGACAUCCCAAUCAACAUUGAAUGCACUAAACAAGUUUACAUCACAAAUUAAAAAGCCUCCUCACCGAAAAAAUUCUCCUAUCAAUUGGUUUCCUCGCAAAAAGGUGGACUCCUAUUUAAAGAGGAAGAUAAGAAUGCUGCAGGAAGUAGAUGGAAUGAAUUUAACUCUUGAUGAAACGCUAGGUGACACAAAUCCACAUUACUCAAGAGUUCUUAGAGAGAAAAUCGCAGCAAGAGAAGCUGCACACAAAGCAAUGGAGGCUCGGAAAGCUGCACUGGUGGAAGCAUCUUGGUGUCGAAUACUUAAAGCAGCAAGGAUCCAAAACAAAGAAGCAGAAUCCCUUCUGUUGAAAUCUGAGAAAGCUGCAGCCAAAGCUUUUGAAGCAGCAACAGCCAUGGGAGUGAUCAUGUAUGAUACACCAAAUUGUCCUCAAACUCAUUGUCAAGUAGAAACAUUUGCUGCUGUAAACGGAGGAGGGUCUACCACCCAUACUAUUACAGCAUCAUUUGAAACUGCAUUUGAAGUAGAUAAAGAAGUUGCUGCAGCAGUCAAAACGGCAUUCAUUAGGCUUGCAAAUUGCUCUUCCUUUAGUAAAGAUGAAUUCAGAGAUUUGCUGCAUAAAAUCAGUGAGAACCCGGACACAGGUGACAGUAAUCAGGAAAUAUCAGAAUUUUCUUCAGAAUGUGAAUCAGAGUCUGGGUCAGAACUUGAAACAGUCUCUCAAAAGAAUGGUUUUGGUUCCCAAGAUUUCGACUUGAAGAUGCCAGUUAAUGGAAUAAGGCAGAGGAAAUCCAAGUCUUCUGACAAGUUCAGCAUGACCAUACUUGUCGACAUGAUGCUUGAGAGGCUCAGACAUUUGCAGGAAGAAGAACUUUCAUCUCUUGCCACAAUAGUUGCUACUUGUGGUUUAAAUGCUGCCUUAGCUAAAGUAGAGAAUUGUAAGAUGCAUUAUCCAAACUCUGCUAGUGAUAAUUCCUCCAAUUCAGUUCUUAAUCCUCGACGAAUGUCUUCUUUGGGAGUAGGAAUAGCAAGAAAAGCUAACCUUGAUUACUUCAUGGAUGGACCAGCAAGCAGGAAACACAUUGAGUUGGAACUCCCAAGUCUAGACAAAUUUUUGGUUAAGCACAUGUCGAAACUUGAAAGAGAGGUGCAAGAAGCCAAGAAGUCCAGAAUGAAUGAAUCCAGGAAAACUACUGGGGAGAAUCCUGGUAAAGUUGAAGAUGGACAAGUCAAGUCAGAUAAUGAACCUACUCAAUCUGAGACCACUUCUGAUCUGGGAAGUGUGCCUGUCAAGCAUUCUUCAAAGUUUGCGAAAGAGAUAGAAGAAGCAAAGAAUAACUACAAUAAGUUCGAAAUUGUCCAUAAAAACUUGGAAGCAGGAGGAAUGCCGGACCAAGUGGUUACUCGCAGGAAGGAAGAUGUUCAAGAUGUCCCCAGUCUAGAUAAGUAUCUUGUGAAACAUGUCUCCAGACUGGAAAAAGAAGUCCAAGAAGCUAGGAGCAAAAGAAAUAAUGACCCAAUUGGAAGCAGGGUGAUUGAUUCAACAGAGAAGAAGUCUUUAACUUCUGUCCCAAAAUCUGAGAAAAAUGAAAUUUCUUUUUCUAAUAGAGUAGUGGGGAAAGAAAAUAUUGACCUGAAUAAGGAAGAUGCUAGAUUUUCUGAAAACGAACAUAAGGGUGUGAAGGCUGGAACUGAAAAAACAGUAGACAGUCUUGACAAGAUCUUGGUGAAGCCAGUGCAUCAGUUGGAAAGGGAGAAAAUGCAGGCAUUGUCCGACGGAAAUACUAACGGUUACCGUAGUUCUGAAAAGAAACAAAUAUGGAACUGUGUUACAGACCGUGAUAGCUUGGACAAAGUCUUGGUAAAGCAUGUUUCUAGAUUGGAAAAGGAGAAAAUGAUGUCAAAUGCAAGCGAAGAAAUAGUAAAAGUGAAGAGGAACACACAUUCGCAGAUGAAUGAAGAGGGUAGUCUUGACCAAGUUUUGGUUAAACAUAAAUCAAGACUCGAGAGAGAAAAGAUGGCCAAGGCUGCUCAGGAACCAGAAGUCCAGAUUAGAUACUCGGUAUCUCGUAGAGAAGCGAGGGAGAGAGAAUUGCAAGAAACAUGGGGAGGUUUGAGCUUAGGAAAUUCCAUUAGGCCACAUCUUUCUAAACUUGAAAGAGAUAAGGCUGCUUGGAUUAAAGCUGAAGAGGAGGAAAGGAGGCAGACAAUGAAAAAAGUGUAGCUUUUCUUGAUUUGCUUUUCCCCCCAAGAGUAGUGUUUAUAUUAUAAUGAAAUUGUAACAUAUAUAUAUAUACAGCCGGCCCUCUGUAUGCCUCUUUUUAGUUUCUGUAUCAUACUGUUGAGUGAUUCGUCAACAUAGAGGAGCUUCCUCUUGCACAUUUCUUUUUUUUAA